AAAAGAAAGGCCAUUACUGACCCACGCCAAAAGGCAAAUGGUGGAUUGUGCAGAUUAUUGAGUGUGUUUAUUUGUUAAUAGGUGGAAAAGUGAAAUUGCACCAUGGAUAAACAGUACUCUGUUAAAUUCUUUACUUCAUUCGUUGAAGCCAUGCAGAAGUUCUGUCGGGAGUACAUUGAUUUUGAGCAGUGUGUGGAACUGAGUGGCUACCUGGCUGUGGAGAUAGACAAUCAUAAAAAGGAACGGUAUGUGCUCAGUGAGAUGCUUCAGAGUUCAGGAAACGUUAUUAGUGAGAGUUACUGUACGAAGGCAUUCAAGACCCUGCGUAAAGAACCGUCUGUGUCAGCGCGAGGCAGUGAAAACAAAGUUCCAAGUGGUGCACUAAGAACUUCACAGUCACAUGCGGAUGAAGUGACGAUUGUUCUGCGAGAUAGUCCGGACAUGGUCACUUCCCAUGCCAGCACGCCACGUCACCAGAGGUUUUCUAGUCACCGUUCAGGUGCCUUUAACCAUGGACAGAGGGGUUAUUCUUCAUCUGGCUUGAGCCGCAGUCCUGUUCAUGGGAGGGAAUCAAUAAAGUUAGGAAACCCGUUUGAACAGCAGUUGAGACAUGUUCCUGAUCAGAUACAGCCUCGAUCCAUCGACUCCUCGUCGAGAAACGACACUGCAUUCUCCUCCAGCCCAGCCUCGGGUCAGAAACGAACAUCCAUCGAAUUUAACCAUCAGCAGGGCUCACCAGCUGCUAAAAGAGACAAAGUUGAUCCUGGCAGCAGCCCGGCUGAUGUGUCCUCUAUGAGGACUGUUUAUUCUGAAGGAGGAGACUCCUCUUUGACGCAGCAGCAAACAUCCUCCCUGUCGUUCCCAUCUCCAAGCUCAUCACAGGCCACCGGUGAAAGUAUUCGCUUGCCACUGUCUGCCACAGUGAAAGAGGAAGAUGUGAGCUCUGUGAUAUCGCUAGACACUCAGGACAAUGUGCAAGAUCCUACUGAUAGUGACUUUGGUGAUCGUUUACAAGACUCUUUGUCUCUUGGCUUGGACUCCUCGGUUAAUUAUUCGAACAGUUCACAGGGAGUCAUUGAUGACGGUUCACAGUCUGCUACUGCUGGCUCCUCAGGUUUCAUGUCACAGUUCAAGAUUGUAUCUCUUGGUAGUGCAAGUGACAGCAGAGACGAUCAAACUUGCCCCAUUUGUGGCAAGAUGUUUGGAUCAAGUACAUACUUAAAAGAACACAUGCAAAAGCACAAUGAGCGAAUGGCUUGCUGCUUCUGUGGAAAGAGCUAUUCUUUUAGGUCCGCUCUAAACCGACACAAGAGAACUUGUCACCUAAGACUUCAGUGAAAUCACUGACCACUGAACUUUCACUGUAUGACUGUAAUAUCAGUGUCAUACACUGUAUUAGCUGUUAGAUGUGUCUAUCGAAUAUCACUGUAAUACUAAAGUAUAUACCACUGUGUAAUGGCCCUGUCACACUAUAGUGUAUGAGAGAAAUGUAUGAGUUGCGUAUGAAAAUUCAUAAAAUAAUUUUCAUACGCACAAGAAGGUCUUAAAAAUGCAGAAUUGUGCGUAUACUUACCGUAUUUAACCUAUGAGUAGCGUAUGGCCAGCGUAUGACCAGCGAAUGUCGGGAAAUGUUAGCCCAUGGACAGCGUACUCUGCGUAUGGCUAGCGUAUGAGUAGCGCAUGUCCAGCGUAUCUCGAUCACGUGACAAAGUGCCUAUAUCAACGGCAGUCUUGAAUGUGGUGAAAUGCCAAAUUCAUCAGAUCAUGCUGGUGUUGGAGAAGAGCUACCUCCAUCGUCGUCCACGAAGAAGUGAAGAAGAGCUAGAAAUGGGAACAUAUAUGUACACUUUCUCAAAAUGCUGGCCAGACGCCAAUCAUACGCUAGUUGUACGUUAAUAACGUUACUCGAUCGUCAGGCAUACACCAAGAUGUCUAUAUACGUUGCAGAUACGUUAGAAGUACGUUACUCAUGCGCUAUCAAUACGCUAGCUAUACGGUACAUCUUCAUGCCAGCGUAUGUCCGCGUACUCGACCUAGGAGUCGCGUACCUCUAGCGUAUUCAGCGUCUGCCUAACGUAUGCUUAGUGUAUGCUUAGCGUAUAAACCAUACGUCGGAGUACGCACAAAAUUUUUAAACAUGCUUAAAAAUAAUUUUCUACCUCGCCGUAUGCCAGUGUAUGCCAGCGUGCUUCAAACGUAUACAACCUAUGCCUAACGUACCCCUAGCGUAUGUCAGCAUAUACCAGCGUACGAGUGAUAUUUUAUCAUACGCUGACAUACGCUAGUACGAUACGCUACAGUGUGACAGGGCCAUAAUAUCAGUGUCAUACACUGUAUUAGCUGUUAGAUGUGUCUAUCGAAUAUCACUGUAAUACUAAAGUAUACACCACUGUGUAAUAUCAGUUGUAUACACAGUAUUGGCUGUUAGAUGUGUCUGCCGUAUAUCACUUGUAAUAUGAGUGUCAUACAAUGUAUUGGCGGUCUAUUGAUAUCACUGUAAUUGUUGACUGUAAAAGCCAAUUUUGUCCACUUUAUCAAGUUGAUCAGAUUUAUAUAUUAUGCAUUUAACAAAUCAGAUUAUUGGUAUUGUGAAAAGCAGGUGAAAAUACAAAUACCAUUAAUGAUGCAAAUCAUUAUUGAUAAAAAAAAAAAAAAUUCUUAAAAAAGUUGUGUGGGUUUUUUUGUGGGUUUUUUUGCCUUCCUCGAGUGAAUCUAACAAAACUAACAAGUGAUCAUGGCCAUAUCUGCACAAUGCGGAGUCAAAUAGUCAUUUGGUAAGAUAGUGUUUCAUUUCAUGAAUCUUUGUCUAGUACCAUGUCUAUAGGAAGACUGCCACUUCUACAUGAAGAGAUCCUUGCACCACCACAAAGAGGACUGCCACCCAAACUAGUUUACAAAGUCAAAACUAGGUCAGGAGAGGUCUCCUUGGAAUAAGUACAGCUUUGAGGUUAUCCACUCGUGAUUCAGUCAUAACAGUGCUGAUAUCAAGUGUUAAGAGAAAGGUGAGCAUAUCCCAUUACACCGGUGGCACCCAUCAUGAGUACCACCACCACAGUCCACCGGUGGCACCCAUCAUGAGUACUGCCACCACAGUUCACCUGUGGCACCCAUCAUGAGUACCGCCACCACAGUUCACCUGUGGCACCCAUCAUGAGUACCGCCACCACAGUUCACCUGUGGCACCCAUCAUGAGUACCGCCACCACAGUUCACCUGUGGCACUCAUCAUGAGUACCACCACCACAGUCCACCAGUGGCACCCAUCUUGAGUACCGCCACUAUAUCUGUCAAAUCCAAAGUCCAUUAAUAGCCAGUGAGGCAAUUUUCUAUUAAAAAAUACAGGCUGUCCAGCGAUCCUACUUUUCCAAUUUUUCCUACUUUUCUUCAAAAUACCUUCUUUCUGUUUUUUUAAAAUGCCACAAAUUGCUGUUUAAAGUAUGCAUAUUGCUUGAGCUAUAAUAAAAGUCAACAGUUAUGGAAUUUUCUUUCAUACGGGUGUGCUGGACAGCCUGCAAUUUCCUAUAAUACGUUUUUGGCAUACACAGUCCUUGUUUUUUUUAAAUUAUAGGCGAGUGGGAAAUAGCACACCUCAACAUGCUAAGGCGAAUGAAAAGUCACUCUCCAAAAUAAAUAAAAUAGGCAGUGUAGCUCCGAUUGGAUUUUGACUGGUACGUCUACAAAAUUUGUGUUUUAAACCAGUAUUUCCCGUUUUGCUCAACAAAGAGAAAUACCAGUUUAAUGACUGCAUGGAAGCCACUGCCAUGUUUUUAAUUUUUAUUGUUUUAAUAAAAAGACUUUCCUAUUAGCUAAAUGAGCUCUGAAAACUUGAUUUUUGUAAACAGUGGAAAUAAAUAUACCCAUCUAUUUUACAUGCGUUGUUUGUUGAGUGUAACGUGUGCUGUUUCUCACACUCGUCAAAUUGAAAUGACGUGCACUGUACGAGUGUGAUCGCACCCGCGCACCUUAAAAAGCAAGGUCUGCAUACAUGUACAAGUAUCUGUGAAUUGGUUGACCACCUACUCGGGAUGGUAUUUACACUUUGCUCCCACCCAAAGCAAGUUGUGAUGACUAAAUGGGUAGAUGUAUGACCACCAACAACUGAUCAGUAACCCAAUAUCCUGAACAGACAGCCCAGAUAACUGAGUGUUGUGGUCAGGACAGCAUGCUAGAACCAUAAUUGUAUAUAAGUGAAUUAAAGAACAGAGCUUGAAGAGUAAACAAAUUAGUAGCAAAGUAUUUGUUUUCGGUGCAUACAUUUCCGUGAUUUUGACAUCCACAACUUCAUUAUAAUGACCAGUAUUUUCAUGUGAUACUCUUUGCAUCGUCUAAACUUUGAAGAUUAUGUCACAAAAUUCAGUCAUUUAAUAAAACUGUUUCUUUGU